AUGUCAUGGGCCAAGCAUAAGAAAAUCCUGGCAAUGGCCAAAGGCUACCGUGGACGCGCUAAUUCGUGCUACCGUACGGCCAUAAACCGCGUAGAGAAGGGUCUGCAGUAUCAGUACCGUGACCGCAAACAAAAGAAACGCGACAUGCGCUCGUUGUGGAUUCAAAAAAUUAAUGCGGGGGCGCGUCAGGAGGGACUCUCGUACUCGAAACUCUACGGCAAGAUGAAUGGCUCGGGCAUUGAGCUAAACCGCAAGGUGCUGGCUGACAUGGCUGCAACGGAACCGUUCAGUUUUAAGUCGGUGCUGGAAGUUGUCAAGCACAUGAAGAGUGUCACAAAGGCUUUGUAA